AUGGCCAGCUCCCGAGCUGAGUUGACAGAGCCUACACUUAAUGUAUUAAAGAAGGGUCUGAAUUUUGCUCCUACUCCGAAGCGUAUACCUUUUGAAGAGGUGAUAGGAAGUACUGAAGAGGUAAUUAGGCGUAAUAAGAUCCCAACUCAUGAUGCUGACGCAUUGCGACAAGAUGUUGCUGUAGUCCUGAGGCACGCAAAAUUACCUCGGAGUAAUAUAAGUAAGGAGGAAUGGGAAGCUCUGAACGACCUGCGGUCUAAUCCUGACAUUUUGACCUUGAAGGCAGACAAGGGCAAUGCCACAGUAGUUAUAGAUGUUAGCGAUUAUGAGAGCAAGAUAAAUGGACUGCUGAGUGAUGAAGCAACCUAUAAAAAGGUAAAUUACGAUCCUACAGCCCGGUACAAUCGUGCCACAUUGACACUGGUCAAGGAGUGUGAACAGGUAUUAACUGAGGAUACGGUGAAGUUUCUAUUGCGACCCAGAAAUGUUCUAUCGCCUAAAAUAUAUGGUUUGCCGAAAAUACACAAAGUUAAUUCUCCCUUACGGCCCAUUGUAAGUCAGAUUGAUUCACCCACGUACGAUUUGGCAAAACACGUCGCGAAGGUGCUGCAACAGUUGGUUGGGCGGACGGAAUCGUAUGUGAAGGACUCUCGCCAUUUUAUUGAGAUUGUACAGGACAUUAGGAUUGAACCAGAUGAAGUGAUGGUCAGUUUUGACGUAGAGUCACUGUUCACUAAUGUACCUGUAACUGACAGCAUUGAGGUAGUACGAAAUAUGAUGCAGGAGAAUGGCAUCCCAUCAGAAUACGUGAAGCUUCUCGAACACUGCCUCACUACAAAUUAUUUUCUGUUUCGCGGGCAAUAUUACAUACAGGCAGAGGGAGUAGCGAUGGGCAGUCCAGUGGCACCAGUUGUGGCUAACAUCUGGAUGGAACAUUUUGAGCACAAAGCCCUCGCUGCGCCCCCAGUUCCCGUUAAAAUUUGGAAGAGGUACGUGGAUGACGUGUUCUGCGUAAUAAAGGGUAGCAAGGAGGAAGCUGUUCUGUUGUUACGACACCUGAACAGCGUGCAUCGAUCCAUGUCGUUCACAUUGGAAAUGGAAAAAGAUAGGGGUAUUGCAUUUCUUGAUGUGAGCUUGAAGGUUGGAGCCGAGGGCAUGCUGGGACACUCUGUCUAUAGGAAACCGACGCAUACAGAUCUGGCAGAGCGGAAGAUCUUCAGAAAGAUUUUAGGCCUUACGAGACGAGAGGAUGGCUCUUGGAGAGUCAGGAAGAACUUGGAGGUGGAAGAGCUAGUGGGCGAGCCCAACGUCAUCGGCGAGAGCAAGGCUUCGCGUCUGCGAUGGUUCGGCCAAUUGGAAAGGAUAGGGGCCAAGUGA